AUGAUCAAUGGAGUGAAACUUGCAGUAGAAUACGAGGGUUUGCAUCAAGUCUGCUUUUCUUGUGGAAGAGUGGGACACAACAACGGUACAUGCCCAGAGAAGAAUCAAGCUACAAAAGAAAACGGAGGCAAUACCAUCAGCAAUGGAGGAAACAAAGGAGGAGAGGAAGAGGUUGAAGAAAGGGGUAGCAGUGGAAUUACAGAAAAGGAUAAGGGUAAAAAGGUCAUUGAUGCCUCUGAGGAAUCAUACGGUCCCUGGAUGAUUGUGCAAAAGCCAGUACGUGGCAAAAAAACCUUGAAAAUAGGAGAACAUGGAAAUAAUCACGGAGGUAGUGGUAAGAUGAAGGAAGGCAUGAAAACAGGGAAUCUGUCUAGAUUUCAUGUGUUACAAAAUGAGGAAACAAAUGAUAAGGAGGACCAAAAUAAUGGGAUGCAAAAGGAAAAGGAGGAUGAGGUACAGAUUAUCGAAAACAAUGAUGCGGGACAACUGGCCAUUCCCAAUUUUGACUCACAGGAGCCCAUAUCACAAGAAGUACCUUCCUCACUUGGACCAACGGAGUUUGUUGUUCCCCCUAACCCAAAACCUCCUGAUCAGGAGGGAAGUAGGGAAGGAGGAUUUACUUAUGAAUAUUUUUCUUGGAAUACAAGGGGUAUUGCGAACAGAGACACGGUUUGCACACUCAAAGAACUAAAGAGGCUGUAUAAGCCAGAUGUGAUUAUCCUUUUGGAGCCAAGAUGCAGUGGAACAAAAGCAGAAGAGGUGAUUCAAUCAAUUGGAAGCCAAUUCUCAUGCGUGGAAGAAGCGGUGGGUUUCAGUGGUGGUGUGUGGGUGUUGUGGGAUGAUUCCUCUUUGAUGAUUUCUAUUAUUAAAAAACAAGCACAAUUCAUUCACAUGAGAGUCAAAAUAACGAACAAUCCUAGCUGGUACAUCACAGCGGUCUAUGCUUCCCCACAAGAGCGGCUUCGUAGACAACUCUGGGAGGAUAUUCGAGACAUUGCUACAGGUAUGACAGAUCCUUGGGUUUUAGUUGGGGAUUUUAAUGAAAUUGCAAACUUAUCAGAAAGAAAAGGGGGAGGUAUCGGAAACAUGAAUGCUUGCAGGAAGUUCCAGAGAUGGAUGUGUGAUUGUAAUCUGAUUGACUUAGGAUAUGUGGGUUCAAAAUUCACAUGGAAGGGGGCAGAGAGAGAAGGAAUGGAAAGGAUUUUGAAAAGGCUUGACAAGGCGGUUGCAAACAAAGAAUGGAAAAUGAUGUUCCCGGAUGCUAGAGUUGAAACACUUCCGAGAUGUAGCUCAGAUCAUCACCCCCUGUUGAUAAAAACGAAACCAGCUAGAAUGGACAUAGGAGAAAAACCUUUUAGAUACGAAAUUAUGUGGGAGACUCAUUCAGAAUACAAGGAGAACAAGGAGGUGUUUAGGGAUGUGUUCAGAAGAAAGGAGAGAGCUCUUAGAAGACUGAAUGGGAUACAGAAAUCUCUAGAUUAUGGCAGCAAUCAAUUUCUAUACCGGCUGGAGAAAGAACUCACAGAGGAAUUAGAGGGAAUAUUGAAGCAGGAGGAACUCCUAUGGCUACAAAAAUCAAGACAACUAUGGAUUACAGAGGGUGAUCGUAAUACAAGAUUUUACCACACAAAAACUUUGAUAAGAAGAAGGAAGAACCGUAUAGUUAAAUUGCGAAAUAGUGAUGGAGAAUGGUGUGAAGAUACAGAAUGUCUCAAAGGAUUAGCAAUAAAGCAUUUCGAUGACAUUUACACUGAAGAUCAACAACAAACUUUUCAACUAAACACUGCACUCACAUACCCGCCUAUGGAGAGCGAACACUUGGCUAUUAUGGAAGCGAAUCUCAAGCAUGAUGAGAUAAAGGAAGCGCUUUUUGAAAUCGGUUCCCUCAAGGCCCCAGGUGAGGAUGGAUAUCCUGCUCACUUCUUCAAAGAGAACUGGAGCCUAGUGCAGGAAGCGUUUUGCUCAUAUAUCAGGUAUUUAUGGCUGAAUCCGGAAGCUAUUGCGGAGGUUAACCAAACUCUAAUUGCCCUUAUAACUAAAAUUCCUCAGCCUGAAUUUAUUACACAAUUUCGCCCAAUAGCUCUAUGUAAUGUGGUAUAUAAAUGCAUUGCAAAUAUCUUAGUUGCGAGAAUUAAACCCACUUUAGCCACAAGGAUUGCCCCUAACCAAUCAAGUUUCGUGCCAAAAAGAACUAUACAUGAUAAUAUUAUUAUAGACAAAGAGAUGGUUCAUGAUAUGAAGAAGAUGAAGGGGAGAAAAACUUUUAUGACUAUAAAAAUUGAUUUUGAGAAAGCGUAUGAUCGUAUAAGGUGGGAUUUCAUUCGGAGGAGUCUUGAAGAAUUCGGAAUUCCACACCACCUAAGGCGCAUUGUAAUGUCUUGUGUUGAAUUUGUUUCUUAUAAACUCUUGUGGAAUGGGUGCAAAUUGGAGAAAUUCCUUCCAACUCGAGGCAUAAGACAAGGAGAUCCAAUCUCUCCUUAUCUUUUUGUCAUUGCAAUGGAUAAACUAUCACAGCUCAUAGAGGAAAAGGUCAACGAAGGAAGAUGGAAACCAAUGACGGCUGGGAGGCAAGGACCAGCCAUUUCACACUUGCUUUUUGCAGAUGACCUUUUGCUCUUUGUGGAGGCUUCUACAAAUCAAAUGAAUGUGGUAAAAGGGGUUCUUGAGGAGUUCAAGCUUGUCUCAGGUUUUCAGAUUCCAAAAGGAAUAUGUUAUGAAAUUGAAAAAAUGCAAAGAAAAUUUGUUUGGGGAGGUGAUAUGGAUAACAAAAAGUUUCAUGCUGUUAAUUGGAACACUCUUUGCCAACCAAAAUAUUUGGGAGGAUUGGGAUUCAAAAAGCUGGAGACUAUGAAUGUUGCUUUUUUGUUGAAAAUUUUGUGGAAAAUUCAUACUGAUAAAGAGGCAUUAUGGGUGCAAACACUGGUGAACAAAUAUGGAAGAAAUAAAAUCCUUCUACAUGAUAUGAAGGCUUGUGCUACGGAUUCUCCGUUAUGGAAGGAGUUAACUAAACUCCAGGGGCUGUUCUACCAAAACAUUUCUCGCUCUAUAGGGGAUGGUAAGGAAGCAAAUCUGUGGAGAGACAGAUGGGUAAAGAAUGAACAUCCGCUUUUGCUGAAUAGCAAAAAACUUAUUGAUAACACAAACAUUAAUAUGACAGUUAGUGAGGCGGUCAUACAUGGGCAAUGGAAUUUUGAAUUCCUACAACAAUUUCUGCAUGAGGAAACUUUAUGCAAGAUCAGAGCUUUACCACCAGCUGAACCAGAACUUGGUAGUGAUGGGUUGAGAUGGAACCCGGCAAGUGACGGUAACUUUUCCAUCUCAAGUACAUAUCGAAUACUUGAAAAUCAUGGAGAGGAAACCGACCAAAUCUGGAGGAUUAUUUGGAAGUGGCGAGGACCCGAAAGGAUCAAAUGCUUUAUAUGGCUAGUCGUCCGUAAAAGAAUCAUGACUUCACACAGAAGAGCACGGAUUUUUGGGAUGAACUCAAGCUGCCAUAGAUGUACUGGUGUAGAGGAGAACACAAUUCAUAUGCUGCGAGACUGUCCAGUGGCAUCUAGAGUUUGGGUAAAACUAAUCCAUCAUGAGCAUAUACAUGACUUCUUUAGAGCUCCCUUUAAUGCUUGGAUCCGAUGGAAUCUUGCCAUGGAUCUUGGAACCACAAAACAAGAAAACUGGAAUACACAAUUUCUAGUAACUUGUUGGUGGUUAUGGAAGUGGAGGAAUCAAGAAAUAUUCAACCCCCCAUUCCAAAGACCAAUGCAACCUCUGCCUUUUAUCCUAAAACAGGUGAAACUAAUCCAGGAAGCUUUCAAGAAGGAGGGUCAGAGGAAAAACAAAAUUGAAACAAAUAUAUGUUGGGAAUGCCCACCUGAGGAUUGGAUGAAAGUCAAUACAGAUGGGGCUGCAAAGGGAAAUCUUGGAAUGGCUGGAUGCGGAGGUUUAAUUCGUAAUUAUCAAGGUAGAUGGAUUGCAGGUUUUGUUGCAAAUAUUGGUUAUUGCACAGCUUACUAUGCAGAGUUAUGGGGGGUCUACUAUGGACUCAAAACAGCAUAG